AUGAAUUAUAGAAUCUUGCAGUUGGUUCUAGCUGUCCUACUCGUCAGGUUUUGCCAAUCCUUGAAUCUUACGGCACUUCCAGCGCUAGCUAACUUCUCGGAUCCGUCGUUAGUCUAUGACUCUUCUAGCUCCAAUUGGUAUGCAUUUUCUACGAAUGAAGGGGGAAAGAACGUCCCUGUAGCAUGGUCAAGCGAUUUUAUUCAGUGGAACCGAAGUCCAAACGAUUCCCUGCCUUCUUCGUCUCUACCAGCUUGGGCCAAAGCAAAUGGACCAGUUUGGGCGCCUGAUGUAUCUUAUAAUGGUAGCCACUUUAUCAUGUAUUAUACAGCCACUUUGAGUGAUUAUCCGGCCCAUCACUGUAUUGGUGCAGCCGUAUCCCCUAAUGCCACAGGACCAUAUAGUCCAUUGGGCAAGGACCCUCUGAUUUGUCCUUCCCCAACUGGCCAAGGUAAUGCUUAUUCUCCUGUAAUUGAAUCAAACGGAACAGGAGGCGCUAUUGAUGCGUUCGGUUAUAUGGAUAGUAGCCAACAGCGGUACAUUGUCUAUAAAAUAGACGGAAACUCUCUUAACAGUAAUACCGGCAGCGACGGUGUCUGUGGAAACAAUGGUACAGAUACUAUACCAACUCCUAUUAUGAUCGUUGCAGUGGCAAACGAUGGUAUUACACCAACAGGGACUGGUACCCCAGUUCAAAUUCUCGGUCUUGACGAAACAGAUCCGGAGAUUAUAGAAGCCCCAAGUAUUAUGCGGCUUUCAAACGGCACCUAUGUGCUCUUUUACAGCUCUGGCUGCUUUUUAACUCCCGAGUACACAGUGAAGUUCGCUGUCGCGCCAAGUAUAAUUGCCAACUACACAAAGAAAGGGUCUUUUCUUGUUACGGGAGAUAAUGGGUUAGAUGCGCCGGGUGGGCUGUCUGUUGCCGCCGAUGGCAAACAUCUGGUCUACCAUGCGAAUUUUCAGGGAAGUAGAGCAUUGUAUUCAGGGCUAAUUGACUCAUGA